GACUGAAGUCUAGUAUAUAAGGCUACGGCGGUCUCCACUGUCCUGUCUCCUCCCCUACCUCUUGUUCCCCCCUCUCCUCUGGCGGUCGGAGCCGGUUCCUCUGACGUACUGCAGGGGCAGUAGGGUCACUGCGCGCGGGCCCUGUCGCACGCGGGGGCCACGCGGCAGUGACCACCCCCACGUCAGAGGAUCUCGUUCCCUGGCGGUCUGGCCUGUAGUUCUAGCUCGUUCCCCCCGCAAGCUCGCGACCUCGCCUAGCGGCCAAACCACGCUAGAGUUCGCAGUUGGAAGAGGGGAGGAGGAAGAGGACGAGAUGGCGAGGGAUGACGGGUUCCCGGUGUGGGAAGCGGCGCUGCUCGCUGGCGUGGCUGCCGUCUUCGCUGCGGGGCUGGCUGGCGUCUACAUCUCCAUGCCUCGCUCCGACUACAGCUUCCUCAAGCUCCCCCGCAACCUCCAGGAGCUCCAAGUCCUCACUGUCCAUCUGGAGGGCUACAGCAGUGACUACACCAUCCAGGUGCUGGUGGGCUACUGUGCCGUGUACAUAUUCAUGCAGACGUUCAUGAUCCCAGGGACCAUUUUCAUGUCCCUGCUUGCCGGGGCCCUCUUUGGGCAGCUCGGUGGUCUAGCCCUGGUGAUCUUUGCUGCCACUGCCGGUGCUUCUUCCUGUUAUUUCCUGUCCAAGCUAGUAGGGAAACCACUGGUCUUCUCGUUGUGGCCAGACAAGCUCACGUUCUUCCAAAAGCAGGUUGCAAAAAGAAGAGAGAAGCUGCUGAAUUACAUGCUUUUCCUGAGAGUCACUCCAACACUGCCCAAUACUUUCAUCAAUUUUUCUUCACCUAUAGUGGGUGUGCCAUACCAUACUUUCUUCUUUGCGACGGCCAUUGGCCUCGUCCCAGCUGCCUAUGUGACUGUCAGGGCUGGAAUUGCUUUGAGCGACCUGAGAUCGUUGAAUGAUCUGUAUGAUCCGCAGUCGAUAGCGGUGCUGUUCCUGAUCGGGCUUGUUUCGGUGGCGCCAACGUUGCUGGGCAAGAACGAGAAGCCAACCAGCGCAUCGGACAUGGCAGCUAACACCAACUGAUCACUAGUACACGCCACUCCAGCUCUCUUCUCAUGUACAUACAAAAGUCCAGCGUUUGGUAGUGGUGGCUUCGAGACUCUGGAUCAAAUAGGACAUGUCGCCGGCCACGAACAUGGCGAGGGUCCCAAUCUGUAGAUCUGUCGACACUUCUGGGAAACUUUUGUGCUGACUGCUGAUUUUGCAGAAGUGAUGUCUCAUGAUCACCUCAUCGUGAAUCUUGCUGGCAAAACGGGCUGGGAACAUCUCUCUUUCGGUUGCUUUGUUUUACAUUGUUUCGCUGUUGUAUCUUGCACACGUCAACCAGAUUCAAUCAAUACAGCCGAUUCAGUGAUUCAUUCAUGAA